ACUCACACAAAUACAAUCUCCCAAGCCGCUCUCUGGUGUCUCUCGCGCUCUGUGUUCCUCCCACAAACACAAAGGACAACCACAUCUCUGAAACUCUAUCCAAAACCCCAUCUUUACGCAAGACCAAUCAAAGCAAAACCCUGAAACUCUCUCUUUAUCUCUGCUUUAUACCCUUUCGAAUUCUCUCUCUCUUCGCGUUAUCUUAUAGCUAGAGAAGCACACUCAACGCCAUGGACCCCAACGCCUCUGCUCCGGAAGGGACGUCCCUUCUCUCUAACUCUUCAGGUUCUCGUUUAUCUUUACCUACUUCCUAUUCUCUUGAUUCUGAUGAUAUCGACAAUUCAAUGAAAAACUAUGCUUUAGAGGUUGAUAAUGACAAGGAUAAUGGUGGCGGUGGUGGGUAUGGUAAUGAGGGGUUUGGGAAUGGUGAUGAUGGGCUCGAAACUCUAGAGAAAGCCAGUGGAGGGGAUUAUACCGAUGGCCCUUCGUUUGAUUCUUUGGUAUUUUCGAGGCAGAAAAGUGUAAGCGUACGGCCGGUUGCGAAGGUAUCGGCGGAUGAUGAUGAGGAUGAAGAUGAAAAUUAUGUUGUAGAAGGUGAAAACCUUGGGGGUUUGGAGGUUGAGGAAGAUGAAAGAGGCGUGGCUUUGGAAAUAGCUGGGGUCGAGGGUUCUGUGGACAAUUGGGGAAUUGGGGGUGCAGUUUUGGAGAAGGAGGAGGUUUUGGAGCAAAAGGGUCUGAGUUUGAAUGGGAAUUUGGGUGAGUCGGCAAUUGGAAGUGGUAUAGUUGAUGCUCAUAAGGGCGGUUCUGAGUUUUUGGUGGCUGGUGGAGAGGAUAAGGUGUUUGAAUAUGCAAAAUGGAUUGAAGAUUCGGUGGUUGAAUUGAAGGGUGAGGAGGCUGUGGAAGAGCUGAAAAGUGAGGGCUUGGAUGGAGAAGAGUCCGUGGUUGUAACAGAAACUGUGGAGGCUGCUGUAGCAACCAAAGAAAGUACAAUUCUUGGUGUAGGGCUUGAUCAAGCAGAGUCCGUAAACAUAAAACCAGUAGAUGAUAAGCUGUUGGAACUAGAUGGUGUGAAACUUACCACUGGAGGAGACUCAAUUGUGGAAAAUUUGAAUAUCAAUUUGUCAAAGGCAGGAGCAAUUGUUGUUGGGGACGUGGAGGAAAUUGAAGAUGCUGAUAUUAGAGGGUUGGAGGUCCCAGUUCGUGGAGGCAUAACCUUGGAUAAUGGGUUUGAUCAAAUUAGUGGUGAUGCAAAAGAACGGGUUGAUUUGAAGUCCUUGGUAGUGGGCACUGAGUCUGAUCAAAUUGUUGAGCCCGUAAACAAAUUUGGCAUUGAUGCUGCAGGAGUUGGGAUUUAUGGAGAGAAAAAUAGUGUUGCAGAAGUGGAGAAAAUUGAGAACUUGGACAUCAAUACUGCUAUAGUGGAGGAGGAGAAGCAGGAUGACAUAAAGACUUAUGUUGAGGAGGGAGGAACUGAGAGUCUAGUUAAUGCCGAGAAGCAGCCAGAAGGGGAAAAUGAGCCAAAACUUGUCCCCAAGGUCACUCAGCCUGAUUCAGAUGAAGUGGAAAGACCAUUAGAUAAUGGUGUUAUUGGUGCAGAUGCCCGAGUGGAUGAAGCCAGGGUUUCUGGUAAAAUUAAUUCAAUUCAAUCUGUGGAAUUAAGUUCCAUUUUGAGCCGAGAAAUAAAGCUAGAAUCUCAAGAUGAGGAAAACCAGCACUCAGAUAUGGAGGACCAGGUUGAAGGUUCUUUUACAGAUGGGGAGAAUGAUGGUAUGAUCUUUGGAAGUUCGGAAGCUGCCAAACAGUUCUUGGAGGAGUUGGAGCGAGGUUCUGGUGCAGAGAGUUCUCAUGAUCACUCUCAGAGACUUGAUGGUCAAAUUGUUACAGAUUCUGAUGAAGAAGUGGACACCGAUGAGGAGGGGGAUGGGAAGGAGUUAUUUGAUUCUGCUGCAUUAGCAGCUCUCUUGAAAGCUGCAACAGGUGCUGGCUCAGAUGAUGGCAGUAUCACAAUAACUUCUCAAGAUGGGUCCAGGCUGUUUUCUGUUGAGCGUCCUGCUGGUUUGGGAUCUUCUCUCCGGUCUGUAAAACCUGCACCUCGACAAAAUCGGUCUAACCUUUUUGCUCCUGACCUCACAGUGGGGGAUAACUCUGAGAACAACUUGAGUGAAGAGGAUAAAAAGAAGCUGGAGAACUUGCAGCAGAUAAGGGUGAAAUUCUUGAGGCUUGUACAGAGAUUAGGUGUAUCUCCAGAAGAGUCAAUAGCAGCACAGGUCCUAUACCGAAUGGCACUUAUUGCAGGGAGGCAAACUGGUCAACUGUUUAGCCUUGAAGCUGCAAAAAGGACAUCUGUCCUGCUUGAGGCUGAGGGGAAAGAUGAUUUGAGCUUUUCCUUGAACAUACUAGUUCUUGGAAAAUCUGGCGUGGGCAAGAGUGCCACCAUAAAUUCUAUUUUUGGUGAAGAUAAGACCCUGAUCGAUGCAUUUGGACCUGCCACAACUGAUGUGAAAGAAAUUGUUGGGACAGUGGAUGGAGUUAAAAUUAGGGUUUUUGAUACACCAGGUCUGAAGUCUUCUGCACUGGAACAAGGUAUCAACCGCAGAAUAUUAUCUUCAGUGAAGAAGUUCACAAAAAAAUGCCCCCCCGAUAUUGUCCUCUACGUAGAUCGGUUGGAUGCUCAAACCAGGGAUCUUAACGAUCUACCACUAUUAAGAUCAAUCGCUAGUUCUCUUGGCUCUUCAAUCUGGCGAAGUACCAUAAUCACUCUAACUCAUGCUGCUUCUGCUCCUCCAGAUGGACCAUCUGGCACCCCCUUGCGUUAUGAUGCAUAUGUUGCUCAGCGAUCUCAUGUUGUUCAGCAGACCAUUGGACAAGCUGUUGGUGAUCUGCGUCUUAUGAAUCCGAGUUUGAUGAUGACUCCUGUAUCUCUUGUUGAGAAUCAUCCCUCCUGUCGAAAAAAUAGAGAAGGUCAGAAGAUACUCCCUAAUGGUUUAAGUUGGAGGCCCCAAUUAUUGCUUCUAUGUUACUCCAUGAAGAUCCUAUCUGAAGUGAAUAAUCUUUCAAAACCUCAAGAACUGUUUGAUCACCGAAAGCUCUUUGGCUUUCGCACCCGGUCGCCUCCACUUCCAUACCUGUUGUCUUGGCUGUUGCAGUCUCGUACGCAUCCAAAACUGUCUGCUGAUCAAGGUGGUGACAAUGGUGAUUCUGAUAUUGACUUGGAUGACUUGUCCGAUUCUGAACAAGCGGAGGAGGAGGAGGAUGAGUAUGACCAGCUACCGCCCUUUAAGCCUCUUAGGAAAUAUCAAAUUGCUAAGCUUAGCAAAGAGCAGAAAAAGGCAUAUUUUGAGGAGUAUGAAUAUCGCGUGAAACUCCUCCAGAAGAAGCAGUGGAGGGACGAGUUGAAGAGGCUGAGAGAUAUGAAGAACAAAGGGAAAGUUAAUGCAGAAGAUUAUGGUUUUGAUGGGGAAGAUGAUGGUGAAAAUGGAACUCCAGCUGCUGUUCCAGUUGUGUUACCUGACACGGCUUUGCCACCUUCUUUUGAUGGUGAUAAUCCAUCUUACAGAUACCGGUUCUUGGAGCCAAUUUCUCAAUUUGUGACACGACCGGUAUUGGAUACCCAUGGUUGGGACCAUGAUUGUGGUUAUGAUGGUGUCAAUCUGGAGCAAAGUCUGGCCAUUGCUAGUCGGUUUCCAGCUGCUGUUACCGUCCAAAUAACGAAGGAUAAGAAGGAGUUCAAUCUCCAUGUGGAUUCUGCUGUUUCUGCUAAGCAUGGGGAGAAUGGGUCAAGCAUGGCAGGUUUUGAUAUCCAAACUAUUGGAAAGCAACUUGCUUAUAUUGUGAGAGGAGAGACAAAAUUCAAAAACUUGAAAAAGAACAAGACAACUGCAGGUGUAUCUUUGACAUUUUUAGGCGAGAAUGUGUCCACUGGAGUUAAAAUUGAGGACCAGAUUGCACUUGGAAAGCGCCUGGUAUUGGUAGGCAGCACUGGUACAGUCCGAUCUCAGGGUGAUUCAGCAUAUGGAGCCAAUUUAGAAGUGCGUCUCAGAGAAGCAGAUUAUCCAAUUGGCCAGGACCAAUCCUCAUUGGGUCUAUCUCUAGUUAAGUGGAAAGGUGACACGGCACUGGGGGCGAAUUUUCAGUCACAGAUUUCAAUUGGAAGGAGUUACAAGGUAGCUGUUCGUGCAGGACUGAACAACAAGCUCAGUGGACAGAUUACUGUUAGAACGAGCAGUUCAGAUCAACUCCAGCUUGCACUUGUGGGUAUUCUUCCGAUCGUCAGGGCUAUCUACAAGAUCAUCUGGCCAGGGGCAAGUGAGAAUUACUCCAUCUACUAGCUGCGUUGAAUGUUUUGUUCUUUUCGUUCAAUUAUGCUGAAGCAUCACAAAGUUGGUAUAGAUAAAAGCAUAAUCUGCUUAUUGUCUUUAUCACUUUGCCGAAUAAUACUCAUCUAAUUUGAUUCAGAACCUGUUUUUGUCAGAUACAUUUUGCAUUGCAUGAUAAAUUGUAUUGAAAAUGAGAUGGAACCACGAGGGUAUUUGAUAUAAUAUUAUUAUUAUUCAGUUGGAUAUGAUGUUAA